GUGUGUAAUGGGUGAACAUCUCUAUACACUAUGUGUUAUCCAAUAGUGAGAGAGUGUGUCAAUCAUUAGAUGGUUUGUGACUUUAGGCGCCAUUAGUUGUAAUGACUUAUAGUUUAAAACUAUAACUUAAUUAAACUAAUUGUUGUAAUCCUUAAGUGACUAACUUAUGGAUCAAUUGAUAAUUAAACCAAAGUUUAUGCGUUGUAUGAUUACCAACAUAUCRGUGACCAGCGAUGGCAUUGAGAUCUGGAGCCAAACUGAUGUCAAGAGUUGCACACGUGUUAAGCAAUUGUUGGAUUCAUUUCAUAAGCAUUUAAGUGAUUUGUUUGCCAUGAAGUCAUUGCUGAUGACAUCGGCUCCGGUACCACAAGUGGGGGACACACUUCUCACACAUAUGGCCAAUGAUCUGCACUUCUAUCGGGUUGUCGUCACUCAUGUGGAUCAACAGUCUAAUAGAGCUCURGUUUCAUACAUUGACUUCGGAAGUGAAGAUUGGGUUCAAUUCAAACAUCUAGUCGUUUGCGAUCAACUCUUUGAAGAGAAAUCUUUAGCUCAAAGAUUUUUCUUGGCUGACAUUAAACAUAAAACUAAUGGAUGGGAUGUCGAUAAAGUUGUUUCGUGUCUCAAUCAGUUCCUAAUGCAUAGCUUUCAGUGUGAAGUCAUCGGAAUCACUAAAAACACUGAAUGUAUUCGUGUUUACGAUAAUUAUUUGAAUCAGCCUUUGAUUGCCAAUUUGGUUCAGUAUUGCGAUGGAUAUGUUUUGUAUGAUAGCAGUGCUGAAGAGGUUCUCAAAGCAUUGGAUAUACCCAACGAUAAUAAUGUCUUUAAAGCGACUAAUAAAUAUCUGAAGAGUGAAUCUGUUAAUACUGACACAAGUGACACAAUUAAGAAGAAAAUAAUUAUCAACGGAAAUAAUAUGUAUAUGCAUUUUGAUGACAGCAAUGCUAUACUAUGUCAUCAAGAAUUUGCCAAAACUUUUGCUAUUAUCGGUAACAAUAAUCCCGAUCUAAUUAAGACAAAUGCCAUUAAUGAUAUACCAAAGGCUACUAUAUUGACAAAUGGCGAUACAUUCAAAGCAACUAAAUUAGCUAAUAAUGAUAUACCUAAACCUACUGUAACAUCAAAUAUGCAUUCAAUCAAUACUAUUGAAAUGGUAAAAGUUGACGUAUCCAAUGCUUCCGAAUUAACAAAUAGUAAUACAUCCAAAGCUAUUGAAUUGGCUAAUAAUGAUAUAUCUAAAGCUAUUGAGAUACCAAAUACGUCCAAAUCCAAUGCUAUUGAAGUGUCAAAAAGUGAUACAUUAAAAACUACACAAUUGACUAAUAAUAUAUCCAAUACCACUAAAUUGUCAAAUGGGAAUAUAUCAUAUACUACUGAAUUAAUAAGUAAUGAUAUAUCCAGUGUGUCCAAUGCUAUUGAAUUAGCAACACAUGAUAACACAUCUAAAUCUAUUGAAAUGGCAAAUAGAGAUACAUCUAAAAACUUUGAAUUGGAUAAUGAAAAUAUUCACAAAACGAUUGAAUUAGUAAACAGCGAUAAAUCCAAAGAAGUUGAAUUGGCUAAUAAAGAUGUAUCUAAAUCUAUUGAACUGGUAAAGAGUGAUACAUCCAAAGAGGUUGAAUUGGUUAUUGAAGAUAUAUCUAAAGCUAUUGAAGCUACAAACUGUGAUACAUCUAAAGAUACUGAAUUGACUAAUAAUAUAUCAAAUGCAACUGUAAUAACAAAUGGUGUCACAUCUAAAGAUACUGAAUUGGUUGAUAAAGAUAUUUCCAAAACAAUUGAAUUAGUAAACAGUGAUACAUCUAAUGCCAAUGAAUUGACUGAUAAUGAUAUGUCUAAACCUAUUGUAACAGCAAAUAUAAAUUCAACCGAUGCUAUUGAAGUGCCAAAGAUUGAUGAAUGCAAUGCUACCGAAUUAACAAAUACUAAUAAAUCCAAAGUUAUUGAACUGAUAAAUGAUGAGACAUCUAAAGAUAUUGAAUUGGAUAAUACUAUUAUAUCAAGCGCUACUGUAUUGACAAGUGGUGACACACUUAAAACUACUGAAUUAGUAAAUAGUGAACCAAUCGAUAAUGUGUUUAUAUCAGCCACUUAUUCGGAUAUGACUUUCUAUUGUCAAUUGUCUUCAAAGUUUGAUGAAAUUAAUGCAUUAACUGAAAAUAUGACACAAUAUUAUAGUAAUAACAAUACCGGUAUAGUCGAGGCAUUAGAUAUAAAAUCUUUGAAAGUAAACGAUACAAUUGCUGCUCCAUUUAGUGGUGACGGUCAGUGGUAUAGGGCAAACAUAAAAGCGAUUAAUUCGGAUGAAAUUGACAUUCAAUUUAUUGAUUACGGAAAUACUGAAAAAAUAAAUGCAAACAAAUGUCGAGUUUUGAAAGCAGAUUAUUCCCUAUUGAAACCACAGGCAUACAAGUGCUCACUGGUUAAGGAAUCUCAAGUGACUUAUGAUGAACUCAAGAGAUAUGAAAACGAUAUGAUUGAAAUAGUUAUUGAUGUCAUUCAUAGUAAUGGCAAUGAUUUGAAAGUCAACAUAAAACAAGUCAAUUAAAUAUUAUUUAACUAAUUAAUACUUAC